ACGUCAUGACUUUUCGCCUUGACGACGGUAACCAAGACAUUACUUCUGCGCCUAAGGAAAACUCUUUUUACGCAGAGCGAAUAAAACACGUUUAUUAUUUGUGUAAUAAAGAUUUGUGUGUUAGAGACAUCUCGUUUCAACAAACUAUGCAGCUGAAGCAUUUGAAGACGUUGCUUCCUCCACAGGGGAGGGUCCUUUUGUCUAAGGCAGAAGGAAUAUCCAGGAUGGAGCUGCAAAGGUUACAUGCAUGGCCUGGGCUCCAAAUAAUGGAAAGUUUGCAGUGUGUACUGUGGAUAGAGUGGUUUUGCUGUACGAUGAACAGGGAGAGAGAAGAGACAAGUUUUCUACAAAGCCUGCAGACCCGAAAUAUGGGAAGAAACACUACAUGGUCAAAGCUAUGGCGUUUUCUCCAGACUCCACCAAAAUUGCCAUUGCUCAAACCGACAAUAUUGUGUUUGUGUACAAAAUCGGAAACGAGUGGGGAGAUAAAAAAGUGAUUUGCAACAAAUUUGUGCAGACGAGCGCUGUAACAUGUCUGCUCUGGCCAGCGGAUAAUUCUAUAGUGUUUGGACUUGCAGAGGGGAAGAUUCGAGUGGCCAACACGAAAAACAACAAAUCGUCCAGUAUCUAUGGAACAGAUUCCUACGUCGUCUCAUUAGCCUCAAAUGUCUCUGGGAAAGGAAUCCUGUCAGGACAUGCAGAUGGGACAGUUGUGCGCUAUUUCUUUGAUGAUGAAGGCUCAGGGGAUUCUCAGGGUAAGUUGCUGACCCAUUCGUGCCCCCCAUAUGCUCUGGCUUGGGGAAACAACAGCAUUGUCGUAGCUGGGUGUGAUAAGAAGAUCGUAGCCUACGGGAAGGAAGGACACGUGCUUCAAACGUUCGAUUACAGCCGUGAUCGCUCGGAGAAGGAGUUCAUGGUGGCAGCGUCAAGCCCCAGCGGCCAGUCGGUAGUGUUGGGUAGUUACGACAGAUUGAGAGUGUUUAACUGGAAUCCUCGAAGAGGUGCUUGGGAUGAAGCUGCUCCUAAAGAAAUUCCUAAUCUCUAUACCAUCACAGCUCUGGCCUGGAAAAAAGAUGGCUCACGGCUCUGUGUGGGCACUCUGUGUGGAGGUGUUGAGCAGUUUGACUGCUGCCUUCGCAGGAGCAUCUACAAGAACAAAUUCGAGAUGACUUACGUUGGCUUGAGCCAGGUGAUCGUGAAGAACCUUUCCACUGGCACACGAGUGGUGCUCAAGUCUCAUUACGGCUACGAGUUUGAUGAGGUGAAAAUCAUGGGGAAGGAUCGCUACUUGGUGGCCCACACAACUGACACCCUUCUGCUGGGAGAUCUGGUCUCCAAUAAACUAAGCGAGGUGAUGUGGCAGGGCUCUGGAGGAAAUGAGAAGUUCUUCUUCGAAAACGAAACUGUGUGCAUGAUCUUCAACGCAGGAGAACUGACCUUGGUGGAAUACGGCAAGAAUGACCUCUUAGGAUCUGUUCGCACUGAAUUCAUGAACCCACACCUUAUCAGUGUCCGUCUGAAUGAGAGAAAACAGAGAGGAGUGGAAGAUAACAAGAAGUUAGCCUACCUAAUCGACCUCAAAACCAUCGCCAUAGUGGACCUGGCUCUGGGUUAUAACCUUGGGACCGUUAAUCAUGACUUGAAGAUCGACUGGCUGGAGCUAAACGAGACCGGGCGCAAGCUACUCUUCCGGGACAAGAAGUUACGGCUGAACCUGUUUGACAUCGAGAGCAGAGUGAAAACGACCAUCCUGAGCUUCUGCUCGUACGUGCAAUGGGUUCCAGGCAGCGACGUGGUGGUGGCUCAGAACCACAACAACCUGUGUGUCUGGUACAAUAUCGACAGUCCAGAGAAGGUCAACAUGCUCCCUCUGAAAGGAGAUGUUGUUGAUUUGGAGCGGGCGAACGGGAAGACCGAGGUGAUGGUGUUGGAGGGAGUGAACACAGUCUCCUACACGCUGGAUGAAGGACUGAUCGAGUUCGGAACUGCCAUUGAUGACGGAGAUUUUAACAGAGCCACAGCGUUCCUAGAAACCUUAGAAAUGUGUGAUGAGACUGAAGCUAUGUGGAAGACACUGAGCAAGCUGUCUCUGGAGGCACAGCAGCUGCACAUCACUGAGCGGUGCUUUGCAGCUUUAGGGAACGUGUCCAAGGCUCGCUUCCUGAAAAAGACCAAUCAGCUUGUCGACUGCAUCUCAAAGGAAUACGGAGGCGACGGCAAAGAGCACUAUAAAGUGAAAGCACGGCUAGCGAUGCUAGAUAAGAACUAUAAACUCGCUGAGAUGCUCUACUUAGAACACAAUGCAGUCAAUGAGGUGAUGGAAAUGUACCAAGAGCUACAAAUGUGGGACAAAUGCAUCGCUAUAGCAGAGGCGAAGGGUCUCCCAGAAGUGGACAGUUUGCGUCGCAGCUACUCCGCUUGGCUGAUGGACACCAAACAAUACGAGAAAGCCGGGGAGAUGAAAGAGAGCGAAGGGGACUACGUAGGAGCCGUGAACUUUUACCUGAAGGCGGGACUUCCAGCCAAAGCGGCCUGGCUAGCCAUGAACAGGGACGAGCUCCUGUCCAGCAACAUCAUCACCCGCAUUACCUCUGCUCUCAUCAAGCAGGAGUUCUAUGAGCGAGCAGGAGACCUCUUCGAGAGGAUCAGUAAUAACCAGCGAGCACUCGAUAGUUACUGCAAAGGCCAUGCUUUUAAAAAAGCUGUGGAGUUAGCACGUGUGGCCUUUCCUUCUGAAGUGGUGAAGCUGGAGGAGGCCUGGGGCGACUAUCUCAUCCAGCAGAAACGAAUGGAUGCUGCAGUCAAUCACUACAUUGAGGCUGGGUGUGGUAGCAAAGCGGUGGAAGCGGCGAUUGGAGCACGUCAGUGGAAGAAAGCCCUGCACAUCGUGGAGUUACAGGAGGACAAAUCCUCAGGGAAAUACUACCUGAAGAUUGCUCAGCAUUAUGCAUCUCUACAGGAAUAUGAGGUAGCAGAGCGUCUGUUUGUGAAAGGAGGCCAUAUCAAAGACGCCAUUGACAUGUACACUGAAGCGGGCAGAUGGGAACAAGCUCACAAGCUUGCUGUGAAGUGCAUGAGUCAGAGUGAAGUGUCUGAGCUCUACAUCAGUCGUGCCGUCGAGUUGGAGAAGGAGGGGAAGUACAAAGAAGCUGAAAGGCUGUUCUGCACUGUUGGAGAGCCUGAUAUGGCCAUCACCAUGUACAAGAAGAAAAAGCUCUACGAUGACAUGAUCCGUCUGGUUGCCAAAUACCACAAAGAGCUGCUCCAGGAGACUCACAUUCACUUAGCCAAAGAGUUGGAGGUCGAGGGAAGAUUCCAGGAGGCGGAGUAUCACUACAUUCAGGGUCAAGAUUGGAAAGCGGCGGUUAACAUGUACGGGACAAACGAGAUGUGGGAGGAAGCGUAUAGAGUGUCGAAGAGCCACGGGACAGCCAGCACCCACAAGCAAGUGGUGUACCUGUGGGCCAAGAAUCUGGGAGGAGAGACCGCUGUUAAACUUCUCAACAAGUUCAGCUUGCUGGAGGAUGCCAUCGAUUUUGCAGCCGAAAACCGUUCAUUUGACUUCGCCUUUGAGCUGGCGCGAUUAUCCUCGAAACACAAGGUCCCAGAAAUCCACCUGAAGAAUGCCAUGUUUCUGGAAGAUGAGGGUAAAUUUAGCGAAGCCGAGACGGAGUUCAUCAAAGCAGGAAGGCCGAAGGAGGCGGUGCUGAUGUACCUACAUAUACAAGACUGGACCGGAGCGCAGCGUGUGGCUGAGGCUCAUGACCAGGACAGUGUGGCUGAUGUGCUGGUGGAGCAGGCCAAGUGCUGCCUCAAGCAGAAAGACUUCCAGAAAGCAGAAGCUCUUCUUCUCCGUGCCCAGAGACCUGAGCUGGUCAUCAAAUUUUACAGAGAAGCCGAGAUGUGGAGUGACGCCAUUCGGAUCUGUAAGGAGUACAUACCCAGUAAACUGAGUGUUCUCCAGGAGGAGUAUGAGAAAGAGAUCGCAAAAAGUGGCAGUCGCAGUGUAGAGGGUAUGAUCGAGCAGGCUCGGGAGUGGGAGCAGAGCGGUGAAUACGCUCGGGCAGUGGACUGUUACCUGAAGGUCAAUGAUCUGUCCAACACGUCCCUUCUGGUCACAUGUUGGAUGAAGGCAGCAGAAUUAGCCAUCAAGUUUUUAACACAUGAGAGAGCUGUGAGUGUGGUUCAGACUGUAGGACCACGUCUGGUGCAGCAGAGAAAAUACACUGCGGCAGCUGAACUGUUCCUCAACCUGGACCUUAUUAAGGAAGCUGUAGAUGCGUUCAUAGAGGCGGAAGAAUGGAACAAAGCCAAGCGGAUAGCCAAAGAGUUGGACGCGAGGCUGGAGGGAUACGUUGACCAGUGUUACAAAGAACACCUGAAAAACAGAGGCAAGGUGGACUUGCUGGUUGGAGUGGACGUCAUGGCCGCGUUAGACAUGUACGCAGAGCGAGGCCAGUGGGAGAAGUGCAUCGAUAUCGCAUCUAAACAGAACUUUAAGGUCCUGCAUAAAUACUGUGCUCUGUAUGCCACCCACCUGAUCAAAGAAGGCGAGGCAGAGAAAGUGCUUGACCUCUACGUGCAGCACGGGAUGCCGGCCAGUCCAGAGAACUUCAACAUCUACAAGCGCAUGUUCUUAGAGCUGAUGAACCUCCAGGACAGGAACGACGCCAAAGCCUUUCGGAUGUGGGCGAACCUGAGAGAUGUUUUACACUCGCUGUGUGAGAACCUGACCAAGUCUUCAGAAGCCAACUCUCCAGCCCAUGAAGUCUUCGAGCAGAUGCUUGUGAUCGCUCACUAUUGCGCAACCCGCUCAGCAGCGCAAGGCAUCGAGCAGCUGAGUUCUUUGGCGGCCAAGUUGUCCAUCUCACUGCUUCGGCACACGGAGAUUAUCCCAGCAGAUAAAGCUUUCUAUGAAGCCGGCCUGGCGGCAAAGGCUGUUGGCUCGGAGAACAUGGCCUUCAUUUUCCUCAACCACUUCCUGGAUUUGGCAGAUAGUAUUGAAGAGGGAACGCUGAAUAUGUUGGACCACACAGACUUCCAGGACACAGACAUUCCCUUUGAGGUCCCGCUUCCAUCAAAGCUCCAUGUCACUGUGGACAAGACGGAGAAGAUCAGGGACUGGCUUCUGACUGUUUCCAUGGAGCAGCGGUUAGAACCGGUUUUACCCAGAGAUGAGAGAGGAACGUACGAGGCCUCGCUGCUCGCCGCUAACACCGGCGUCCGCUCGUUACCCUGCGUCAUUACAGGUUACCCUGUUCUCCAUGAUGGAAUGGAGUUCAAAAGACCGGGCAUGGCAGCUAACAAGGACGACUGGAAUAAAUUCCUCAUGGCUACCAAGACCACUCACAGUCCCGAGUGCCAGGACGUCCUGAACUUUAUAUCACGCUGGUGUGGUGGACUUCCAUCUGCUGGAUUCACCUUCCAAUAAGAGCAAGGUUUUCAGACUUACUGAAUCUGUAGCUUUCUGUUUCUGACUCUCUGACGGAUUUGGGUUUCUCACUCACUUUACACGUCGUUUGCUUCACCCUCGGCUGUUUUCCUCUGCUUUUUGAUCAUUUUAUGUAUUUAUUUACAUAAAGGAAUGUUCUAGAGAUUGUUUGAGUGUAAGUCUGUACACAUUUCUGAUGGUUAUACCUUAAAAAUACCCAAAGACAACAUGUAUCUCCUAUAUAUAAUCAAUAUAUAAUCAGACAGUCAUUUAUCAGUUGCAUUUAAUCAUACAGAUACAGGUCAAGAGUUUCAGAUCCUGUUUGGGUCAGAACAGCGGAUAAGGGAAAAAAUGUGAUCUUAGUGACUUUUCAGCUUUAACAGACUCUUCCAGCGAGUGGCUCUGGUGCAGGUAGAAGCUCCUGGUUUGAUGACAGUGCUCAGAGGAGAACAUCCAGACUGCUGACUCUGAUCAACAUCUGUUACAGCUGUGAAGAGCAGAUAGAGGGAUUUCAGAGGGAUUCGGAUCCCUGUUCUUGGCUGAAAGGACCAGAACCUGAAUCGGUUUUCUAUGCUGUAUCAUUUGCUUCAAAGUUCAACACAGCUGAAAAAAGCUGAAAUGCUUUUCUGCUCCUCAUGUUUGUAAAGAGUGAGUAUUUGAGUUACCGUAGCCAUCCUGUCAGCUCCUUCAUAGUGCAGGAUAUUUACCAUCCACAGAAGUAUUUAAUUCUUUUUAGUCAUAUUUUGAUGCUCCACAGUUUACCCUGUACUUCAUGACAGCAUCGAGUUCAGAAGACUAGGCAUGAUGGCAAGGCUUAACCUGUAUCUGUAUGAUUUUACAUUUACAUUUCUAGCACCAGUCGAGCAGUGCUAGUGGACCUGAGGGAGCAAAGUGCAGUGUGAGGAGUAAUAAGAUAUUUGAGGCAAGAUGGUGCUGGUUCAUUCUUGGCUUUGUAGGCAAGCAUCAGUGCUUUGAAUCUGAUGCGUGCAGCUACCAGAAGCCAGUGAAGGCAACGCAGCAGUGGGGUGAUGUGGGAGAACUUAGGCAGGUUGAAAACAAGCCGUACUGCUGCAUUUUGGAUGAUUUGCAGUGGAUGAAUUUUAUACACCCGUGACAUUGAGAAUGAUUCAAAUGUAAUAAAACACUAUCUUUUGAUGUGUAUAUACAUCCGUGACUCAGUUAUGUUGUUGUGUAUUUCACUUUUUGUCUUCUUAACAAGUCAGGACUAAUACAGUUUAUCUCCCUGAUUGCAUUUUACUACAACUGGCAACCUGAUAUUGAUAUUGGAGGUUUGCUAUUUCAGGUCUGAUUAAAGACCUGAACACUGAAGAGUGGAAAUCAUAAAGAAGGUGAAGUUACUUGAGGUAAAGUUAUGUUAGGUUAAUAGCCAGCAUGUAUCAGCUAUCUGACAAUACAUUCAUAUAAACACUUUAAAAAAAGUUAUCUGUAGAAUUGAACAUACAGUACGUCUCAUAAAAAAUGAGGAUGUCUGAAAUCAUUUAGAUUCAUUUUCAUGGUGAAAUUCUAUUUUAUUUAUAAAGCACACAAAGCAGAUUAGCGGAAAUCUACUAUAAAACUAAAACUUGCAGUUUAUACCUUAUGAGCUAGCCAGAGGUGGCAAGGAAAAGAAAAAACUCCCAGAGAAGACAUGAGGAAGAAACUCGGAGUGGAACCAGACUCAAAAAUAUGAUAGUGGAGAAUGUGGUUAUAAUAAUUUCUCUUCUAUAACUGUGCUAUGGAGGCAAGCGCUGAGGUCAAGCCCUGAACACUGGAAGAUUGUUUCAUGACUGUGAGAAAACUCUGCUCCUGCUGUAACAUUCAUUCUUCUACGUACCAACAAAGAGCCUGCACAGUUUGAAUAAAAGCAUGAAAGACUAAAGUUUCACUCUUCUUCUGUGGUGUAAGACUUUUCAGUGCUUUAUAGGUUAAUAGUAGUAUUUUAUAAUUCAUUAUGAUGUAAAUAAUACAUAUUACCAGGAGCCAUUGCAGUGUGGAUGAGAUAUCUUCUGCUUUUACUCAAGCACUAGUAAGAUUGUAGGGUAAGGAAAAUACACUAUAUUGCCAAAAGU